CUCCCUCUCUCUCUAUAACGUAGUGACAAUGUGUCAGCAAACAUCUCCUCUCCUCUGCCACGAAGAAGAAGACUACCGCCACCUGCCUCUCUCGAUCAAAGACCAAACCAUGCACGCACCAUUGACCCAGAAACACCCACAACACAAACAAACCCAGAAAGAGCAAAAGACCCAUGUCUCUCUGGUCGCAAGAGAAGUGAAGUCCAUAGCCCAAAUAGCCCUCCCCAUGAUCCUCACCGGUCUCUUGCUCUACUGCCGCUCCAUGAUCUCCAUGCUGUUCCUGGGCCGCCUCGGCGAGCUCGCGCUGGCCGGUGGCUCCCUUGCCCUCGGCUUCGCGAACAUCACUGGCUACUCCAUCCUCUCCGGCCUCGCCAUGGGGAUGGAGCCCAUCUGCAGCCAGGCCUUCGGUGCAAAGAAACAUGCCCUCCUCGGCCUUUCCCUGCAGAGAACCGUUCUCUUGCUCAUGUUAACCUCAUUGCCCAUCUCUUUUCUGUGGCUGAACAUGAAAAGGAUCCUCCUUUUUUGCGGCCAGGAUGAGGCCAUAGCAACAGAGGCACAAUCUUUCCUCCUCUACACAAUCCCUGACCUCUUGGCCCUGUCUAUCCUUCACCCGCUUAGGAUUUACCUCCGGAGUCAAUCCAUAACUCUGCCCCUCACAUUCUGCGCCGCUCUCUCCAUUCUCUUGCACAUACCCAUCAACCUCCUCCUCGUGACGCAUCUCGGCCUCGGGAUCAAAGGCGUGGCGCUUGGUGGGGUCUGGACUAACUUCAAUCUCGUAGCCUCUCUGAUCAUUUACGUACUCGUCUCCGGCGUCCACGAGAAAGCGUGGGGAGGCUUCUCCUCGGACUGCUUCAGGGAAUGGAAGAACCUGCUGAACUUGGCCGUACCAAGCUGCGCUUCGGUGUGCCUCGAGUGGUGGUGGUACGAGAUCAUGAUCCUGCUAUGCGGGCUGUUGGUCAACCCGAGAGCAACGGUGGCGUCCAUGGGCAUUCUGAUCCAGACCACCUCCCUCAUCUACAUAUUCCCAUCCUCUCUGAGCUUCAGCGUGUCGACCAGAGUCGGCAACGAACUGGGUGCGAACCAGCCUUUGAAAGCCAAGCUCUCGGCCAUUGUCGGCCUGGGCUGCAGCUUCGCGCUCGGGCUGUCGGCCCUGGUCUUCGCCGUCACGGUGAGGAACACAUGGGCCAACAUGUUCACUCGAGAUACGGAGAUCAUGAAAUUGACGUCCCUAGUGUUGCCCAUAAUUGGGCUCUGCGAGCUCGGAAACUGCCCACAGACAACGGGCUGCGGGGUGCUGAGAGGCACGGCGAGGCCGAAGGUGGGAGCCAACGUCAACCUGGGCUGCUUUUACAUGGUCGGAAUGCCGGUGGGCGUUGGAUUGGCGUUCUUUUGCGGGUACGACUUCGGGGGGCUGUGGCUCGGCCUCUUGGCGGCGCAAGCGUCGUGCUUGGUGGCCAUGUUGGUCGUCUUGGGGUUCACGGAUUGGGAACGCCAAGCGCAGAGAGCCAAAGAGCUGACCAGAGGCGGAGACCAAGCAGCAGCUGUUGAUGACAGCGAAGAGGUCGAGGCGAAGAAGCCACUCGUAGCAGAAAUCAAGGAGGAGGAAUCAUUAAAUUUAUCAGGAGAAUCAGAGGAUGCCGAUCAUGAUGAUCACCACUCAUCACCUGUCUGAGCCCGUCACGGUGGUUUUGCUCAAUUUUGUCUCAUCCUUCUCAUUAGUUUAAUCAAAUUUUUGUCCCGGGUUGUACAGAAUGGAAAAUUGGAUUGGGAGGAGAAAACGAAGACGUUCACGAAUUAUUAGUGUCUUCUUUAGCAUUCAAGAUUUGUGGGAAGUCGCCGGAAUUUAGUGAAAUGAUGACCAGUUAAAAAAGG